AUGAACAUGAUUGUUGGCCCAAACGGCUCUGGAAAAAGCUCUAUUGUGUCGGCAAUUGCGCUUGGGCUCGGCUUUGGUACACAAAUCCUCGGAAGAUCCUCCCAUUUAGGAAGCUUUGUAAAAAAAGGUCGGGAGUCGGCAACCAUCGAGAUUACGCUGUGCAGGUCACCUGCAGAAGGCUCCGUGGUCACCAUCCGAAGAGAGUUCUCCUCCAUAUGCGGAUUCCCAUUAGCCGGCGCACGUGCCACAGACAAAUGGUUUAUUGACGGAACGCGCGCUACCAAAGAAGCUAUCGCUGAUUUAGUUGAAGUUACCUUCAACAUUCGCCUUGGUAACUUGUGUCAGUUCUUGCCUCAAGAUCGACUUUCAGAAUUCUCACGGCUUUCAGAAAGCGAACUACUGGUGGCAACUGCAGAAGCUAUUGAACCGCCAGAAACAUUGGCCAUGCAACGACACCUCAUCGACAUGGGUGAACAACUACGGCGGGCACAGCUUGAAAUUUCGGGAAUAGAAAAAGAACUUGCCACCCUGUCCGCAACAAAUAGCCACCUGCUACCGCAGGUCGAACGCUAUCGGGCAAAUGCAGCACAUCAAACGCACAUUUCACUACUAAAGGCCAAACGACCGUGGCUUGAGUAUAACGAAGCGAGAACAACUUUUCUCUCAGCAAAAGCGCAACGCGAUAGUGCCCAGCAAAUCUCAAAUCAAGCGGCUUCUGCCAUCAUUCCACUGAGAGAGUCAUUAGCUGAGCUAUUGAACAAAUUGGAAAACCUUCAUACUAGCGACCUUUGGUGUCAACUAGAUGUCCUGGAGGAGCGAAGAAUUGCUCUGCAAGGUCGAUUGGCUGCAAAUCCAGUGGAAAUUUCCAAAGAGCAACUAACAAAUGCCAGCAAUCGUGAAGCGGCCCUUCGUCAGCGAUCUCAGGAAAUUUUUGCCGAGUUGGAAACACUUGCUGUGCAAGAGGCACAAGGAAGCGAAAGCCGCAACCAACAUGAGCGAACUCUAGAGUUACUCGGCCCAGAGCUUACAGAAGCUGGAGAGCGUCGCCGCCGCCUUCAGAGCUCCAUACAAGACGUCGCAAACCUCCGUGCUGAUAUCGAGGCAGAGGGUACGGAACUUCAACGCAAAAUCAAUGGCGCUCUCUCCAGGCUGGCAGGAUCUCAAGACCAUGUGCGACUUGAGUUGAUACGACAAUCAGAUCCGGACACCUUUCGGGCAUUAGAGUGGUUCCGCAAGCACAGGUCGCGGUUUAGUGGGCGUGUAUCUGAGCCGAUCUGUCUUGAGCUUAUCGUCAAAGAUCCACGUUACGCUGCCAUUUUGGAGACUGCACUUUCAAAGCAAGCAAUGAUGAGCUUUGUCUUUGAAGAUGGGUCUGAUUACGAGCUCUUUCUAGCCUCAUGCAGCGAUUCUAUGGGACUGCGAAUCAACGCGAUUCAUAUCAUCAAGUCUCGGCCGGAAGAAUAUCGCCCAUUUAUUUCUCAUGAAGAGAUUAUUGAACGGCUGCACUUUGAUUGCUACUUGCGCGACAUUAUUAAUGCGCCAGACAUUCCCGUGGCUCUAGGCACAGUCGAUCAUGCUGCCGUGGACAAACAUCGCGAGAUUCUCAAAUAUUAUGCGGCUGGACAAGCAUUUGAAGUGCGGCAUACCAAUUCGCGGACCUCCAACGGACAUGGCUCGUCGCCAGUAGUCAUUUCAAAGGCAAUUCGUCCGGCACGUUUGUUAAGGGAUCCUGGACAAGAGGCCAGAAGAGCUUCAGAGGAGAUCGUCAAAACAUCUAGAGAGAAAUUGGCGCAGAAUGAACGACGGAUGCGUGAACUGGUAGAACAGGAAGAAAAAUCCCGAACAUCACUCGAGGGUGUCCAAACUACUUAUCGGCUACUUCUUGAGCGUCGUAAGUCCUUACAGCUGGAAAUUGAUGCGCUGGACUCCAUCGCCCGCAUCCAAGGAUUGCGGAGGGCAGAGCUGACACAUGUGCAGCAGCAGCUAACGGAAUCUACAGAGUGUUUGGCAGCAGCAAGGGCUGCGCUUUCGGAUGCAUAUCUAACUAAAGCACGACUUUUUCAGCAGCUAGGACGUGUCUUAGCAGAGGCCCCCAGCCUACUGGCGACAGCAGCUACAAAAUUAGCACAAAAAAGUGCCCUUGAAGUGCAAGCUAAUGAAGCUCGGACCGCGCUAGCUCACAAUGAAGCUUCUUUGGCGCAGCUUCAUGAUGCGUUGGAAGUCUCAGAACAAGCACUAGCUUCGGCUCGCAGUGUUGCAAAAAGCCUUCUUGCAGAAGCAAAGAAGACACCAUUAACGGAUGAAACGAAGACACACUUUGAACGCCUCCCAGAGUCACUGGAUGAGCUUGAUGGUGCUAUUGCUGAAGCGGAGGCAAUUGCCGCUCUUACUGCAGACAUAUCCCGUAAAACUGUUGAAGAGUGGGAACUUCGCAAUGCACAUGUAAGAGGUGGCCCUUCCUAG